UCUUAAACUCUCCCGGCUAUCAUUCGCACAAACUGAAAACACACCCUAUAUCAUAAUAGAUAUAGAUUAUAAGUAUGAAUGAAUUUAAUUCAUCCAUUAUAACAUAUAAAGAAUCGGAUGUCAUCUUCUGUUUCCAAAAAAAAAUAUCAUACUAUUCCUUAUAGAAAUGAUAUAAUAUGAAAUUUUUUUAAAUGUAAUUGAAAACUUCAAAAAAAUAUUAGACAAACGCUUUCAAAUCAAUUGCUUUGACCUUAUUUUUAUUUGAUCGUUUCAUCAUACGCUUUGAUUAAAAUCAAUUAAGGAGAACAUUUGCAAAACUAAACGGUAACUAAACUGAAUGCAAAAGAACAGUUGUGCAUUAAUUCAAGUAGAUGGCAGUUGAGACAUCGAAAAUGUCUGGCAAUUUUAAAUCUCAAAAGGAAUACAUAAAUAAUGAAUUUAUAAAGACAUGCCUAGAAAAUGGUUUCUUUACGGAUGAGAUUGAAAUAAAUGAUCUAAUAAUUAAUAAAAUUAAUUUAGGCGGUGACAAUUAUUGUAGUGACAUAUAUCAAGGUCAUGUUAUUUAUCGUCUGAACAAUAGAAAUUUCAACGGUGAAGGAACUCAGCGGGUAGAAGAAAUACAAUUGAUUAUCAAAAGAAUGCCGAAAGAGAAACAAGGUGUCCUACAGAGAUUGCAAAUCUUUAACAGAGAGAAAUUUUUCUAUACCCAUCUUAAGAUUCAGAUGGAAACUCUAAUGACCUUGGUUAAAAACUCCUGGCUAUUGGCACCAAAAUUGUUUUAUCACACCACGAACCCAUUUGAAACUUUUGUAUUUGAGGAUCUAAAGCAAUUGGGUUUUCAAUUGUCUAGUCGUCAACUUGGAUUAAAUAAAAACGAAAGUCUCUUGGUUAUGGAAAAAUUAGCUGAAUAUCAUGCUUGUUCAAUACUUAUGUUAAAUAAAUUCAGUGACUUAAAUGAUAUUCGUAACCGUUAUAAGUGCGGUUUAUUAAACGACAUAUCAAUUAAAUCAGAUUCUUUUCAAUUGUUAUUUGGCGGGCAAUUGUUGAAAUUAGCGCAAUUGUUAGCGGAAGAUUUGGAAUUUUCACAUAGUUCGAAAAAACUAUUAAAUUACUACGACCAGUUUACUGAGAAUGUUUUGAAUUCAGUAUAUCCUUUAGAGGGGCAAGUUAAUGUUCUAAAUCACGGCGAUAUUUGGGUCAAUAAUUUAUUCUUCAAAUAUGACAAAAAGUUAAGAGAUGGCAAUCCAACCCCCACUGAUAUAAGAUUUAUUGAUUUCCAACUUUCCUUUUGCGGCAGUUUAGGAUUUGAUGUAAAUUAUUUUCUAAAUACCAGUUUGCAACUGAAUGUUUUGCAACAAUACCGGGAGACGUUAAUCAAUUAUUAUGCAGAAACCUUGGUAAAAACUCUGCGAGUGUUACCUUACGAUGGCUCGAUACCAACAAUACAAGCAAUUUUAGAUGAAAUUUCCGCAAAAGAAGCUUAUGGAUGGGUUAUAGCGUUUACCUUUUUUCCUCUCAUGUCAAUGGACGCUACGGAUUCACAAGAUAACAGUUUGGAGAGCUUAAAUGAUUCCGUUUUUGCGCAACGAAAGUUCGAUUUAAUGUUCAAAAGUAAAUCACGUACUGUGGAAGCUUUGAAAUUUAUAAUAAAACGCAUGGAACAAUUACAGAUAUUAUACAAGCUUCUCGGGAUAGUUUCAUUUGUAAACAUGAGUAUAGUCUACAUAAAUAUAUUAGAACAGCCGACACAUUUAGAUUUACAAUUUUUACAAGAUGUCCUAGAGAACGCUCUAUAUAUUACUGAUUUUUAUAUUAAAAGUGCGGUAUUUACCAUGGGCAGUAAUGUUGGCGAAAAUUAUUGCAGUCAAAUAUAUCGUGUAAAAAUUGCAUAUGAAUUGAUAACCGACCAAGAAAAUAUAAAAGAAAUAUCAAUCAUAAUCAAGAGUAUACCAUUAAUUGAUGGGAUCGAUUUUCUGGUUAAUUUGAAUGUAUUUCAUAAAGAGUGCAUUUUCUAUAAUUACGUUUUACCGCGUAUGGAAAUGUUGUUUAGAAAAGAAAACGUAAAAUUUGCACCAAGGUUAUAUAAAACGUUAAAGAGGCCUAUACAAACGCUGGCAUUCGAAGAUCUAACGAGAUUGAAUUUUGUGUUAGCCUCCCGGGAGAAAGGUCUCGAUAAAUUGCACGCCCGCUUGGUUAUGAAGAAACUGGGCGAAUUUCACGCUGCUUCGAUAGCUCUUCUAAAAAACAUGCCGGAAUUCCAGAAUUGCUUUAAAUCAGGUAUGAUAUCGGAAUUGUCUUUGAAACGGGACGAUGACAUGUUAAUGCGCUUUUUUGGCGGAAGUUUAAUGUCUUUAAUAGAACUGAUUGAGAAGUGGCCAGAUUAUGAAGAAAUAACGAAGAAAAUUAAAAAAUAUGCGGCUAAUUUUAAAGAAAAUCUCUUACGUAGCAUUGCUUGUUCAGCAAACGGUUUUAACGUAUUAAAUCAUGGCGAUCUAUGGGUCAACAAUAUGCUCUUUCAAUACAGUGAACUAAGAGAGCCAGCAGACAUAAACUUAGUAGAUUUUCAAAUGAGUGUUUGGUCAAGCCCAGGCAUAGAUAUAAAUUAUUUUUUCUAUACCAGUUUGGAACUAAAUGUAUUACAAAUGGAAUAUGAGAAUUUGAUAAAGGAAUAUUAUCAAUCUUUAAAUCAUUCUCUACGGAAGCUGAAUCAUUUCGAGUCUCCUACAUAUCAGCAAAUACGUGAUGAAGUUCGUAAGCAUGCACUGUAUGGAUUUUUUGCUAACUACGGCAUAUUUCCUACCAUAAGUAUGGAAAAACAGUACUCUAUUGAUAGCACUCUGGAAAGUUUCAAAAAUGAUGAAUUUGCGCAGCAAAAGCUUAAGCAAAUGUUUAGUUCUGCACGUUUACAAAAAACUAUUCGCUACACCUUAAAACACUUUGAUCAAAUGGGCAUUUUCAACAGUGAAAAUAUAUAACAAAAUUGUU